CUAUCCGUUUUCUGAAUAUUCUUGUUCGAAUGACGUAGUUAUCAUUUAUAGUAGCUUUAGCAUCUAAAAAUAGUAACUACUAAACAUAAUACCAUAGCACACGAAUGAUAUUGGACAGAACGGUUAGCUUAGACUUAGACUGUCACCAUUUUAUUUAACGUGUCUUCGCUUAUACCUUUACAGUUAUCGACCUUGGAAGCAAACAUUUAGAGUCGUUUACGGUAAACAAGGUAUCUGUAUUUAAUUUCUUCAAAACUUCGUUGGCAAUAACGAGUAUGCAGCGGAUUAAACUAGUGAUAGUGGGGGACGGGGCGGUGGGGAAGUCGUGUCUGCUCAUUCGAUACACCACCAAUGCUUUCCCACAAGAAUAUGUGCCCACAGUAUUCGACAACUACAUGGCCAAUGUUAUUGUAGACGGCAAGCCAAUCAGUUUGGGACUAUGGGACACUGCAGGCCAAGAAGACUACGACAGACUUAGACCCCUGUCCUAUCCGCAGACGGAUGUUUUCAUGUUGGCUUACGCAACAGCUUCAAAAACCUCAUUUGACAACGUUGAGCACCGGUGGAUACAAGAAUUAAGACACCACUGUCCCGAGACGCCUGUUGUCAUCGUGGGACUAAAGUCGGAUCUGAAACCGAAAGUCACGACCAAGGAAGGCAAAGCUAUGGCCUCAAAAUUGGGAUGCGCAUUCGCCGAAUGUAGUUCAUUGAAUGGUAAUGGAGUUCAGCAAGUUAUGGAUUUGGCCUUAAGAUCAGCCGUUCGUGAAGCCGAGACACGAUUCAAGCAAAAACGAGGGCCGGCAGCCUUCAUUCCUAACUUUGGAGGCUUUUCGUUUGAUAGGUUCUCAACGGACAAGCUGAGAGCAUUUUUUGGCAAAGUCAAACCGGAGUUGCCGGAGCCUCCAGUCAUGCCGGAGGCGGGAAAAGCGCCUCAAAUUAACAUCAUUUUACCAGACACUGCAGCUGAUAUGAAGAGACUUCUGAACUUGGACGACAGCAGUAAGGACGUGAAGUUUCAACUGGAGGACGGGGCCGUGGUCUGGGCCCAUAAGAUCCUCCUGGCCUCCUCAAGUCACCUGUUCCGAACUCUAUUCCAGCUGGACUCCACUCAUCUUUUUUCUGGCCGUCCUGACAUGACUCUUCCAGAGGAACGACUGAGCCAGGACCUCACUCAAAAACUGAAAGAAAGGAGUUUCCCUGUCGCUGGAAUCGUCUCACUCUCGGAGUCCCGCUUGAACGACGGAUCAUUAUGUUCAUUAGUGUCAAUGGAUGAGUCAGUUACCCUUGACGUCAUGAAAGAAGUUCUCCACUUUCUAUACUGUGGUCUUCCUUCCUCAAAUCUCAACUCAAACCUAAUUCCUCAAAUUAAGAGAAUUUCCGCCGACAUUUGUGCUCCAAAACUAUUCGACGCCCUGGACAAUAUGGAGAAAAAGGAAGACGAGUUUUUCAACGACAGUAUUCAGUUGUUUUUGAACGACAGAACGAGUGUAAUGUGUGAACGACUUUUCUUCAACAAAGCAGCCUUGUGUGACAUGGUGGUUUUGGCGGGUAAAACUGAAUUCCACGUAAACAGAUGUGUGCUCAGGUCAAGGUCAGACGUGUUUAACGGGAUGUUGAGUGGGAAUUUCCUGGAAAACACGAAUGGAGUACUGAAGAUGGAGAGCAGAUUCGCGCCCGAGGAUGUCUCUGCUUUUCUCCAGUUUCUCUACAGUGGACACUCGGACUACCUGGAAAACGAGUCCUGUGAUCUGCAGAGCGUGAUUGAGUUGUCUGAGAUGUACUUAAUACCCUCCCUCAAGAACAGAUGUGAACUGUAUAUGACUAAGAGGGUGGACAAAGCGUGUGCAGUGUCCAUAGAGAGAAGUGAAGUGGACUGCAUUGAGCUGCUCAUGUUCGCUGACCUCUUCAACUGUCAUUUCCUCACACAGUGGUGCCGUCACUUCAUAUCCACAAACUAUCUCAUCUUUUCCAAGAAAAACAACUUCGCAUCGCUUCCGGUCGAACACAAAGACUUCAUAAAUGAGCAUCAAUGGCCGCCUGUCAGUUACCUGGAAGAUGUGAAAAGCUACGAGGCCAAGCUAGAGGCCCUCCACAAGAAAGGAGGCAAAAAGAAACAACUUAAGACCCUGCAACACUCACAGGAUGUCUCAAACGAUGAUAUCAAUCAACAGCAAAAUGCUGCAACAAAUGUGCUGUAAAAACUGAAGAGAACCCUUUUUAUAAUGUAACGUAAUCACUAAUGUAAUGUUUCAGUGUUCAGUCUUAGUUAAAAAUUAGGUUAAUGUUUUACAUUUACAUAUAUUUUUUUUCUUCAGAAAUUUUUUUUCCAAAUACGAAGCACGACUAAAGGU